AUGGUUGACAAGGGAAUUAUAAGUCACAAUAUGAUUAAUCAAGAGAUUGAGAAUGAGGAAAUCCCAGGGAGCAAUGCAACUGGUGGAGUUGUAGUUGUUCAAAGAGCAUUGAAGGACUACUCUAGUCCUAAUGUUGAAGGGGUCGCUGGGGUGUCUGAUGUAGAUGGUUACACUGCAUUGGCUGCACAACUUUUAGCUAUUCAGAAGCAAUUGGGUACUGUUUUAAAGCCUGAACAAGCGAAUUACGUCAAUAAUUUCCAAAGGGGCAAAGGAAUCCAUACUCCAACUACAAUCUUGCAUGAAGGAAGCAUCCCAACUUCUCAUGAAGCAACCAAUGAACCUAAACAACCUCCUAGUUUUCAAGCUCAAGAGCCAAAAUCUAACUUAGAGAAUGCGCUUACCAUGUUCAUUGAUGAGACAAGCAAGAGGUUUGAAAAGAAUGAAAUCCUUGUCCAAAAUCAGUUAACCUCCAUUAGAAACCUUGAGACUCAAAUACGAAAAAUCCAUAACAUAUUAACGGGAAGAGUUCAAGGUGUUUUGUCGAGCGAUACAGAGAAGAAUCCUAAGGAACAAGUGCAUGCAAUCACCCUAAGGAGUGGAAGAACUUUGGAAAAUUCAGAGGAUGAAAAACGAAUUCAAGAACAAGAGAAAGACCUAAAGGAAGAAAAGAAAGACGAUCGUUGCGGCGACGAAAAUGGUAGCCGCAGUGACUAUGAAAUUUCUGAAGAUGCAAGCUUUGUUGAUGACGAUCGCUGUUGCGAGGAAACUUGUCACCGUGGUGACCGUGACUUUGUUCCCGAAUCUUCAGAAGUUGGCACUCAUCGCCGCGGCGAAAAAACUGGUAGUCGUGACAACCGUGAAUCUAACCAUAAUGCUUCUUUAAGUCAUCAGGCCAAGGAGAAAAAGGAAUCCACCAUUCCAUACCCACACCGUUUGAAAAAUCAGAAGCUUGACAAGCAAUUUGGUAAGUUUAUUGAUGUGUUUCGAAGCUUGCAUAUUAAUAUUCCUUUUGUUGAUAUGUUGGAACAGAUGCCAAAAUAUGUCCAGUUUCUGAAGGAGAUCCUCACACAUAAAAGAAAAUUCGAGGAACACGACAAAGUUACGCUAACGGAAGAAUGCAAUGCACUGGUUCAAAAGAAAUCACCACUCAAACUACGAGAUCAAAUGAGUGUUACUAUCCCUUAUAUUAUUGAUAGUUGUUAUUUUGAUAAGGUUUUGUGUGACUUAGGGGCAAGCAUUAAUUUAAUGUCAUUUUCUAUUUAUGGGAAACUUAGAUUGGGAGAAGUAAAGCCAACCACCAUGUCUCUCCAAUUGCCAAUAACAUAUCCUAGGAGGGUGGUAGAAGACGUCUUGAUUAAGGUAGACAAAUUGAUUUUCCCGGUAGAUUUCACAGUGUUAGACAUGGAGGAAAAUAGGAAAAUACCUUUAAGUUUAAGAAGACCUUUUCUAGCCAUGGCUAGAACAUUGAUAGAUGUCCACCAAGGGAAAUUAAUCUUAAGGGUAUAA